AUGUCAUGGAAGGGGGGGUCAGGUGAUACCCAGUGGCCGGAGCUGAACCAAGGCGACUUCAAGACGAUAUCAACUACGUGCUUGGAAAACCACCAUCGAAUGACCCAAGUCCCAAGACAAACGGCCUUUCCGGGGAAUUUUGAUGUCAUAAAAUUGAAAAGCCUGGGUUUGCUGGAGAUUCCGCGAGUGGAACGAGAGAGGAGGGAUGCUUCUAAAUAUAUUCCUCAAAAACUACAGCUCGAAAUGACGACUAUGGACUCAGAGAGACAGACGAAAGUUCCCCAGAAGCGACCGCUUAUAAACUACUGGGUUAAAGACCCUUGGGAUACAUAUAGCAGUCUCCGCACUCUGGACAGAGGGGGAAUCGUUACAGCAGCAUGUACACGAAAAGCUCCUGUCCAGAUGGUUGUGAUAAAGGAAUUACGAUCGGUUCUCUGCACUACCGAGCUAAAAUGGACUUUCCACCACAACUUACUAGCUUUUCUGGAAAUGUAUCAGAUUGAGGAGAAAAUGCUCGCAGUCAUGGAAUAUACAGUCGCCACGUUGCAACAGGUCAUGGCAGUCCCAUUGCCACUGGAAGAGAUUCACAUCUCUGCCCUAUUUGAGGGGAUCUGGCACUUGUCGAAGAACGGGGUAGUACACAGCAAUCUCAAUACUUCCAAGGUUUUGUUUACUCUAGACGGUUGUGUUAAAAUAGCUUUUUUGGACGAUUAUGAGGCCUCUGCAUUAACCCACACCCGUCCAUUAGGCGUCAUUGCAAUAGAAAUGAUGCAAAACGGAAUACCUCCUGGGCCAGGCAACUCGCUCAUCCUCAGGCAUCCAGACCUGUGGUCAGCGCAAGCUGCAAAAUUCUUGUCGGUGGCAUCUUGGGGAAGUCUACAAGACCUAAAGAACGUAAGACACCCAGGAUCUGUCACUGGCCUAUGCUGA